CAAAUUACUGUAUGGUCAUCAAGAAAAACUUUUCUCAAUUGUUUGUUCUCUUUUCUGGUUUGUCCCCAGCAUAACAGAGUAGACAUUUACUGUGUCCUGGAGAAGGUAUUACAGCAGGACACCGGGGCCUAGAGAGAAGGCUAGUGAACAAAAUAAUAACCCUAGCCUCAGAUCAGAUGAGAGAGACUCAGGAAGCAACAAAUGAAGUAAAAGUGGCAGCUAGCAACACGUUAGUGACUCUGGCAAGCUGCUAUUUUGAUCAAGUCAUGUCUGAGCUGCAGUGUCUUCUGGAACCACCGAAGCUGCCUGAAGAGUUUAUUCUAGUUACGUUGGGAAACUUGUUAUCAGCCUAUGUUUUGGAAAAAUGGUCAAGAGCAGUAAAUAUAUAUUUGACUAACUGGGAAAAGUGCCCAUUCCCCAGAAUGGGUGCAUCGCAAUUCUGCGAUCGAAUUCUUCCUGUUUGUUCUCAUGUGACCAGCAACUGGCUGACCUGUGAGGAGCCGGAGCUCAAGCAGGCAAUCAUCAAAGCCCUUGGUCCCAUGGUGAGCCUCCUGCUACACAAAGAAGAGCAUCAAGAUCAGCUAUUUGAAUCAAUUUCAUGGCUCCUUGAGCAAUAUAAGGAGAACACUGAUGUUUUUCACAUCACCAAGGUGAGGUACCAGUCCUUAAGGUAACUGUCUAUGUGUCUGUGUGUAUGAACUGCAUGAGGAAUUUGCUGCCAGUGGGGUUUCCUGGUUCAGACAGUGACUUGUUAGACAAUAAAUAUCCACACAAGCUCUGGGUUUGUACACGUGGUGAGCCAGGCAACAAGAUUUGUAGGUAAAUGCCUCUUACGAAAAGCAUCCUCUGUUUCCUGGGGAGGAUGAUAAGCAGAUAGAAAACAAAACACCUGCCCCCAUCCCCAACAAGAUCUUCCCUCCUUGUGAUUUCCCAGUACAUCCUGUCAACUCUGCGUCUC